GUUUUCUGAAAUUCAAAAUUUGCUACAGCAAGAUGAGUGUGAAAAAAAAGGCUGCACUUGUCAUCAGCUGGCAGAAGUCAUUUUCCAUCAUGGCCCCUUGGAGGAAAGGUAAAGGACACAGUAAAAACACAUUACUGGACAGUGAGGUUGUCCUGACAAAAAUGAAGCUUUUUAUUGACCAGGACAACUCACACCCCGAGCUGAAUUCUCAGCUUGAUGAAAAGUCUGGGCAGCCUCAGAUCAAGCCUGGCUCCAAAUAUCUAUCUGCCAUUUUGUCGGAUACUCAUCUCUCAAACUUGUUCAAGUGUGAAUCAGAGGACUCUGGAGUGGAGCUCCCCAGUGGAGCUAAUUCACCAUCCACCCCAACAGGAUCUGAGCAGAGCUUUGUGGUGCACAGUCGAGAGUCUUCCUGUGACUCCUCCAACUUCAACUCUGAGCCCAUCGUCCUCUCUGACAGACUUGUUGCAGAUGCAAAGAGCACUGAGAAAAACCAGGCAAAUGACUCAGCGGAUAACAGUUUAAAUACAACAGUGGAUACACAGGAUAGUUUGUUAAUUCAUUCAAAUACACUUAUUUCUUCGGCUAUAGCAGUAGAGUUGCACAUAGGUGAGGAUGUGGACCACUGCAGGGUUUCAGGUCCUGAACAAAGUGAGGAUGCUGAAGAGUCCAGGGCUGUGACAGGAAGGACCUGCUCAGAGGAUACGAGGCUUGGAGAGCAAUCCUUAAUACAAAGCUGUGAUGACAUGACAAGCAAAGUCUUUGAACCCGAGCCUAUUAAAAGGAGUAUCACCAGUGACAGCCUGGAAGAGUACAUGGAUGAAUGCUGCAGAUUAAGUAAGGCACAGCAAGUGAGUUCCAGCCCGCUAUCUUCAGGACUCAGUUACCUGGAGCACAUCUGUCAACUCGUUGAGAAGAUCAGCCAGAUGCAGGAGACUAACCUCCAGCUGCAGAGGCAGAUCUGCAGUCUGCAAAAGGAAUGCAGGAUGAGAAAGGCCAAAGAGGACUUCUUCAAAGACUACUGCAGCUGUGGUGCAGCCAGUUUAGCCUUCCAGGAUUUUCAGGAAACGCAAUCCAGAGAUGAGUUUUCAUCAGCCAGUGGAACUCUCUCAGACCUGUCAGCCAUUCCAGAGGUCACACAGCACCCACUCAUAUUGACCGGUGGAGGAGUUACAGGUGAUGGUUUAACACUCGCUCCUCCGUGGAGGAAGAGCCUAAGCCAAAGGAGUUACGCUGAGGGGGAAGUCCACAGGGACAGCACUGAGGGGCUCUCCAUCCAUCAGCACACACUGAGUGAAAACAGCACAUGGGCCAGAGUCAAAGACAUGGUAAGGAAGACUAAGUUAAGGAAUCACAGCAGGCUGGGAACAGCCUCAGCUUCACUGAAGAUGUCCUGCCCACAGCUCUACAGACCUGAUCUGGAACCAGUACAACCAUCUAGCACCAGCAGGAACUCUAUGAUUGCUUUGGGCCACCGGAGUACAUUGGACUUCCCGUGGCUUGAGUAAGGAUCCGGGUAGUGAAGAGUGCUUUUUAUAAAAGAGCAGAACGACUUUAACAAAGACCAAAUGAUGCUGGCCAGACGACUGGGUUGUAGCAUCUCCAAAAUAAUAACAACAGUAGGUUUGAGUACUAAAGGGUCUGCUGUCCUAAUCAUGACAUCAUU